AGUACUCAAUAUACCAAGGAACUAGGAAGAGAUGAUUGACAUAACACCCAUUUUUUGUUCCCUGAUUCAGAUUUUGUUGUGCGACAGAGAAACUUAUUUGAUUUUGAUGGGCAUUACAUCAACAUCUACACAACAUUUACUCGUGUAGAUAGUUUAUCUUUAUAAUGUCUUUGUCAUCUUGUUCACCUGGAGGUUAUUUCAGAGUCUUGUUUAGCUGUUGCUAGGAUCAUCAUCGUUCGUCUGAAAACAAGAAUGAGUAAGAACGACUUCCUACAAGUCGUAACAGAAGAACUUGAGUACCUCUACGUUUGAACAAUCGACGUUCUAUAUUUGAACAUCGAAUAGACUGCAGAUACAGAAUCAAAAAGAUGUUGUCACAGGCGUUGUCUGAUAUUGCUUGGAAACGCAAGCGGGUCCUGUCAAUCCAAUCCCAUGUGGUUCAUGGUUACGUUGGCAACAAAAGUGCUGUUUUCUAUGGCCGACGCGGGGUUAGCGUUAGAUAGGUGUAGAAGAUGUACGUAGUUCGUUGUUCUUGUAGAGGUAGUCGGAUGGUGAUGUUGGCAACAUCAAGUCAAAGUUGCAGAUGUUAUCUGGAUGAAGAUACUCGAACAAAUUAGAAUUUUUGAAUCUCUUUCGGAAUAUAACUUCUCUACUAGUAGUCAGCUGUAGUACUUCUACUAGUCAAUCGUUCAAGCUUGAAGAAGUACUACAGCUGGCUAGUAGAGAAGUUCAAGUAGGCAGGAUGGAACAGUAAGUAGGAGAAGUACAGCUGCCUACUUGAACUUCUCUACUAGUCUUCAGCUGUAGCACUUCUUCAAAUCAACAUGAUGAUUGUUCUUGGCGUCUACAACUACUUACUUCAACCUCCUCUCUCCACGAGAAUAUGUGUCUACAACUACCUAGCACUACGAAUCUUUAAUUCUCCCCGUUGCAGUUGCUAGGGUUUGACGUGGACCCGAUCAACUCUGUGCACUUCAGCAACCACACGGGAUACCCGAGUUUCGCUGGGGACAUACUAUCGGCUGACAAUCUUCGAAAACUAGCAGACAAACUUGUUCAAGUUAAGUCCGAGGAGCACUUUUACUUCAUUCGCAGUACGUAGGUAGAUUUCUUGUUUUAUAAUUAUGACUAUUAGAAGUAUGAUUUACAACUACUACAUCAACAACAACAACAUCAUCUACGACAUGAACGCUAACAACUACUUACAUGAAUGCGCCCUCUAUCCAGCUUCACCAGGUCCAUCUAUAAUUUCAGUUUCCAGCUAGUAUCUAGCUAGUAUCCAGAUAUUACAACAUUUACGUAGCAGGAACAAAUACUCUAAUUCACUCCUCACUCUAACUCACACCUCCACCUUGGGAGCAGCUAUUCGCAUGUCCUCACUGGGUAUAUAGGGAGUCGUCCAUUUCUCACCGAAGUCUGCAAUGUUGUGCGGACGCUGAGGGAUCGGAGCCCGGAGCUGGUCUAUGUUUGCGAUCCUGUACUGGGUGA